GGAUGCUGAGUCAGGAUUGAUAGGCCCAGCAACCCCUUGGCAAGAGCCGUGUGCCGCGCAGCCCGUCCCCCGCGCCGAAGCCCCGGGCAAGGAGCGCCCGCCUGCGACAAGUGGGACCAAUGAGGCGCGGGGGGCGGGUCGUGGGCGGGGAUUGUUUACGUCUCGCUCCGGAGCGGAAAGUGGGUCACGGCAGGCGGCGGAGCGCGGCAGCGGAGCAGCGCAGAUCCUGUCCACAAUGGCCAGGCGCCCCCGGAGCAGCAGAGCAUGGCAUUUUGUCUUGAGUGCAGCCCGCCGAGACGCAGAUGCCCGGGCUGUGGCUCUGGCAGGGACCACUAGCUGGGGCUAUGACUCUGAUGGGCAGCACAGUGACUCAGACUCUGACCCUGAAUACUCGUCCCUGCCACCAUCCAUCCCCAGUGCUGUUCCCGUGACAGGGGAGUCCUUCUGUGACUGUGACAAUCAGAGUGAGGCCUCCUUCUGUGGCAGCCUACACACGGCCCACCGGGGCAAGGACUGCCGCUGUGGGGAGGAAGAUGAGCAUUUUGAUUGGGUCUGGGAUGACCUGAAUAAGUCUUCAGCCACCCUGCUGAGCUGUGACAACCGGAAGGUCAACUUCCAUGUGGAGUACAGCUGCGGUACAGCAGCCAUCCGAGGCACCAAGGAGCUGGGGGAAGGCCAGCACUUCUGGGAGAUCAAGAUGACCUCACCUGUCUAUGGCACCGACAUGAUGGUAGGCAUUGGAACAUCAGAUGUGGACCUGGACAAGUACCACCACACGUUCUGCAGCCUGCUCGGCAGGGAUGAGGACAGCUGGGGCCUCUCCUACACAGGGCUCCUCCACCACAAGGGCGACAAGACAAGCUUCUCCUCGCGGUUUGGCCAAGGCUCCAUCAUUGGUGUGCACCUGGACACCUGGCAUGGGACACUGACCUUCUUUAAGAACAGAAAGUGCAUAGGAGUGGCAGCCACCAAGCUGCGGAACAGGAAGUUUUAUCCGAUGGUAUGCUCCACGGCAGCCAAGAGCAGCAUGAAGGUCAUCCGCUCCUGCGCCAGUGCCACCUCCCUGCAGUACCUGUGCUGCCACCGCCUGCGCCAGCUUCUACCCGACUCCGGGGACACACUUGAGGGCCUUCCUCUUCCGCCUGGCCUGAAGCAGGUGCUACACCACAAGCUGGGCUGGGUCCUGAGCAUGAGCUGUGGCCGCCGCAAGUCCCCUGCGUCCUCACCCAAGGCCACAGCCAGUCCCAGCAGCCCUGAGACCCGGCGCUGCCAGAGGAAGCGCUGCCGACGGACCUAACUUAUUUUUCAAUGAAAACUGCCUUCUGGGGUUGGGCAGCAUUUUCUCCAUCCCUUCCUUUGGGCCAUGCUCCAGGGCAACGGAGAAUGUAGAGUUGGGCCCAGGUCUGUCUGGGCUGUGCCUCUGCUGUAUGAGGCUGGGAUAGGCCUUGCUACAGGGGCUCAGGGGCCACAGGCCCUGCGAUCCUGAGAUCAGUACUAUUCGAAUCCAUCUGCUUCCUGUGCUGGGUAUGGGAUCUGCCACUUCUCUUCUCGGAGUCUCCUGGGAGUGGCCACCCCAGCUCUUCUGGAUUCAGACGGCAGGCCCAGAGGUUGUGGUCUGCAGCUUCGUUAGAGGUCAGCUCUUCCUGUGGUCAUUGGCCUUGGGAGGCCUUGGGUUUGUCUUCACUUGCUUUGCAUGUUGUCAGCUGCUGUUCCUCUUGUCCGAGACUGAAACCACCGUAAUAAACUUUGAGUUUAUGUCUAACACCUCCACAGCAGUAGAAUUAAAAGAGUCUGGAUUGAG